AUGCAGACUACCUUUGCCCUGCGGCGCAAUGAGAUCAUCAAUGAUGAGCUACCUGUUGGAGAGAUCCUGGAACGCUGGCCUGCCUUGAAAAUGGAGUCACAGAUAUCUAUUCUUCAGAGCCUGUUCAGGAAGAAGGCGGCAAGCAAAGGAAAGGAAGCUGAAGUUCUGAAUCAGCUAUUCGCCUCCUAUGACCUCCAGGAGCAAGGUGACGUCCAUGUCCUCCGUGCUGCUGUCCUCCGUGCUCUGCCUGCAUAUCUGCAUGAAGAUGACUCCACGUUUCUGAGGCUGUGGCAUGUGGAGCAGUCUGAUGAUCCAGACACAGAGGGCAUCGCGGUCGGACUUCUCAUGAUCAGUGCCAGGUCAACAGAUACCACGCUCUUCUGCCCAGAGAGGAUCGCUGUUGUCAUUGAGGGUAACGGAGUUAUGGAACUCCCCACACUGGCUGACGCAUUCAUCCUGCUUUUUGCACUGACCUUUGCCCUGCAUCUGAGCUACCCAAAAGACUUGGCCAACACUUUCGACUUCACCCAGAAAGUGUUGAUGGGCCUGGAUGAGGGGAACUUGAAGCCCUUGAAGCCCAGGGUGUUGAGCCUGAAAAAGCUUUUGGCAGUUUAAUCCUA